AUGAGGUUAACCGAUCUCCCCAAUAACGUCCUAGACACCAUCUUGGACUGCUGCGACCAUGAUCUGCGGCUCACCCUAGCACACAUGGCCCCUUACUUUCGCUACCGGGUCUGUGGGUCCCUUUACAAGAACAUUAUGGUGGUUGAGUCCGAUCGCAACUGGAGCUGUGGCAAGUACGACAACUCCAGCGAGUGGACUUUAUUGUCCGCUGACAAGUUGCAGCAGUUUGCAAACUGUCUCACACCAACAACUUUCCGCUUUGUGCGCAAGUUCGUUGUGAACACUCAUGGAAACGACAACGACAGCAGCUUGCUUUCUUUAUAUGAUAGAAUGGCCGCCUUUUGGAGCCAGCAACCACACACUAUUUGCAUGAACAACCACGACGUGUUAAGUUUGCGUUGUGUUCGUUCGUUCACCAACUUUUUGGCCUCAAACUCGGUGCAAUUUAUUGAUGUCGAGGAUGAGGACAGAUGUGAGGUGACAAGAAAAGACCACAAGGUGCUUAAUCUUCUGAACUGGUUUGUGUUCAAGACAAGUGAGUUCCUCGCCUUGCCCACGAAUCCAAGGUUGGAGCAGCUUAACAUGUACGUUGAGAGUAAUGCAUACCUUCAGAACAGCGAGAACGUCCAGAGUGUGUUCUACGGCUCAUACGAAGCGCCAACUCAAAACUUGCGCAACUUGAGCAGACUCUAUUUACAUUCUCCAUUGGCCUUCCUCCGUUUCACCGAAAUGGCCGACCAACUCGGUGUGAAUGACAUGAAGUUGAAGGUUCUCUCUAUUUCCACUUCCCACCGUGCUCGCAAUGAUUGCAUGACGCAUUUCCAGACCAUGAGACACUAUGUCGAUCUUAAUAACCUCGAGGAGCUCGAAUUGAAGAUGAAUUGCACUCGUCUGCAUGAGUGUUCCAACAGUUGUAUUCUCAACUUUUUUGAAAGCUGGAGACAAUACAACCAGUUCCAUGGGUUGAGAACAAACUUGAAGAAGUUGGCCAUUGUUCACUACAAGUGCUUGGCCGACACCACUCAAUUCAAGCACGUUGUUGAAAACUACGUUUUCAGCGACUUGUUCUCAUCGUUGGAGGAAGUUUACUUGAACCUUUCCGACUCAGUCAAGUCCACGAAUGAUGAGUACAGCAUUGAUUUGAAGAAGGUGGUUUCCAACCUCCACCACACUCCAAAUCUUACGCACAUCCACGUUUCCAGUUUUAUGAACGAAUGGGUCAGCCAGUUGCCAGCCUUGCUCGACAUGCGUACUAUUCCUUGUCAAGACGUCUUGGUGAAUCAAUGCAAUUGCGACGAGUGCAACAAUACGAGAUCCUACUUUGUGGAGCUUGCUCGCUUGGACAAGUCUAAUAACUACAGUCACAAGGGCAAGCCUUCGGAUGUGCGGAUCACACCAUCAGAGGUUACUACGAGUGUUGACUUUACCGAAGUCGCAAACAGGAAGUUUUUGCAAUUUGUUGCUGGCCAAUUCAGAAGACAAGAACACUGCGUCGAGAGAAAUCUUCACUCUGUGGGCUCCAUGUUGAACAUGAAUGAAGUGCCUCUCGAAGAGAACGAAGAAACUAAGAAAUUCUCGCCUUUGCUCGAACACUCUUGCCUUGCGCAGCUCUCCAAAAUUAUGGCACAGCGUGCCCCCAAGCUCCGUCUGCUUAACUUAGGCGGCGUGUGCAUCGAGGUAUGA